CAAAAGGGGGAAGAGAGAAAAGUGGAGCUCUCGCCAACGCGGAGGCUGGGAUGGUGUCGGUAAUUGGCGUUUGACGAUGCGGUACUGAGUGAGUCACACUUGGAGGUGGUUGGCGUAGCGCUCCCCACACAUCCACGUUGCCUUUAAUUGCUCCUAGUGGCUGCAUUCACUGUCGUCCAUGAUCAAGCUCUGGAACUAGCUGCAACACAAAAAAAAUAACAGACGGGGCCAAAGGAACAAUGUCUUAUGCCUCCUUUCGAGGCCGCUCGCCACCACGCGUCCUCCAGCCAGGAGGUUGGGACGGCCUGGGUCGCGGGAUCCUUCAUAACCGGCACCAGCGCUGCUCCAUGAUCGCUCGUCCUGAAGCUCAGUACAAGUGGGAUGUGCGAGGACCACCAACCCAUCGAAUCUCCUACAACCAGUUGCCCUAUGACCGUCCUGUCUGGAAUCCUAAAUUCUGCGUUGUCUCCGGAAACCAGCUUCUUAUGUUAGACGAGGAAGAGGUUCACCCCUUACUGCUUCGGGAGCGAAGGCACGAGCCUUCCUCGAGGACUAAGCUGCUCCGUCGGACAGUCAGCGUCCCGGUGGAAGGGAGGCACGCUGAUCACGAGUAUCACCCUGGUCGGUCUUCACGGAGGAAGAGCAUACCUGGAGGGAAACAACUGAGCAUGGAUGCAGUGGCAUCUGCCCCCUUCCGGCCAACACAGGGAUUUCUGAGCCGCAGGCUCAAAGGUUCUAUCAAGCGAACUAAGAGUCAGCCCAAACUGGAUCGAACCAGCAGCUUCCGGCAUAUUCUGCCCCGAUUCCGGAGUGCAGACCAUGACAGAACCCGUCUGAUGCAGAGCUUUAAGGAGUCACACUCCCAUGAGUCGUUGCUGAGCCCCAGCAGUGCAGCAGAAGCACUGGAGCUCAGCAUCGAUGAGGAUGCCAUCAUCAAACCGGUGCACAGCAGCAUUCUGGGUCAAGAGUUCUGCUUUGAGGUGACUACACCAUCUGGCACAAAAUGUUUUGCCUGUAGGUCAGGGGCUGAACGAGACAAGUGGAUCGAGAAUUUACAGCGCGCAGUGAAGCCAAACAAGGAUAACAGCCGACGUGUUGACAAUGUCUUGAAGCUCUGGAUCAUCGAGGGCAAAGAUCUCCCGCCCAAGAAGCGCUACUACUGCGAGCUCUGCCUUGAUGAGAUGCUGUACGCCCGGACAACAAGCAAGAUGAAGACAGACAAUGUCUUCUGGGGAGAACACUUUGAGUUCAACAACCUGCCGGCAGUGCGCAACAUCCGGAUCCACCUGUACAAGGACACAGACAAGAAGAAGAAGAAGGACAAGAGCAACUAUGUGGGGUUGGUCAAUAUCCCCAUUAGUAGCGUGGCCGGCCGCCAGUUUGUAGAGCAGUGGUACCCAGUCAGCCAGCCCAGUUCCAGCCGGGGAAAGGCAGGUGGCCCUACCAUCCGUAUCAAGUCCCGCUACCAGAGCAUGAACAUUCUGCCCAUGGAGCUGUACAAGGAGUUUGCUGAGUAUGUAACCAACAACUACAAAAUGCUCUGCGCGGUGCUGGAGCCUGUGUUGGGUGUCAAGAACAAGGAAGAGGUGGCGUGUGCACUGGUGCACAUCCUGCAGAGCACGGGCAAGGCAAAGGACUUCCUCUCUGACAUGGCAAUGACGGAGGUUGACCGUUUUGUUGACCGUGAGCAUUUAAUAUUUCGUGAGAAUACACUGGCAACCAAGGCGAUUGAAGAAUACUUAAAGUUGAUUGGUCAGAAAUACCUCAAGGACGCAAUUGGUAGGUUGGUGUACGUGAUCGCUACACUCACUGCUACCGACACUCCUUUAACACAGGGUGAGUUUAUCCGAGCACUUUACGAAUCUGAAGAGAACUGUGAGGUAGACCCAGCCAAGUGCACCUUUUCCACUUUGGCUGAUCACCAGGCUAACCUGAGGAUGUGCUGCGAACUGGCACUUUGCAAGAUCGUCAACUCACAUUGUGUCUUUCCUCGUGAGCUGAAGGAAGUCUUUGCUUCGUGGAGGCAUCGCUGUGCUGAGCGUGGCAGGGAAGACAUUGCUGACCGCCUGAUCAGUGCUUCCUUGUUCCUCCGCUUUCUCUGUCCUGCCAUCAUGUCACCCAGCCUUUUCAACUUGAUGCAGGAGUAUCCAGAUGAUCGCACCUCCCGAACUUUGACCCUUAUAGCGAAAGUUAUUCAAAACCUGGCCAACUUUACCAAGUUUGGCAGCAAGGAAGACUACAUGUCGUUCAUGAAUGAGUUUCUGGAGCUGGAAUGGGGUAGCAUGCAGCAGUUUCUGAUGGAGAUCUCCAAUCCAGACACAGUUACCAAUGCAGCUAGCUUUGAAGGCUACAUCGAUUUGGGCAGAGAGCUCUCCACGCUGCACUCCCUCCUGUGGGAGGUGCUGCCUCAGCUUAGCAAGGAAGCUGUGCUGAAACUGGGGCCCCUCCCCCGUCUCCUCAAUGACAUAAGUGGAGCAUUGAGAAAUCCAUCGCAUGUACAGCGACAAUCCAGCCACAUAGCAGAACGCUACACUUCUGGGCCCAGUAUCAACCGUGGUGUUUCAUCUGACCUUCAGAAGUACACAGUUAAAGAUCUGAACAGCUCAAUCGAUAUGACCAGGCUUCCUUCUCCAACCAAGGAAAAAGGAAAGGAUGUCUUUUACGUGACAAGACCUCCUCUUGCUCGCUCCUCCCCGGCCUACUGCACAAGCAGCUCUGAUAUCACAGAACCUGAUCCUAAAAUGAUGACAACCAACAAGAGCAUCUCCAUGAUGGAUCUACAGGACAGCAGGAGUAUGAACAGUAUAAGUAAUCUCCAAACUGUUGGAGACAUGCUAAACAGCAGUCAGGCAUCAAUUGGAACUACAGUAGGCCUCAGACCCAGCCGGCUAUCACAGGGUAGUGGAUCGAGUGUGUCAGGUGGCCUGCGGUUGGGACAAAUGGGUAUCACCACAGAUGGAUUACAUGGACAACUGAGAGUCCCUUUGUCCUUUCAGAAUCCCCUAUUCAACAUGACGUCUGAUGGGCCGGCCUCACUACGGACUCCCGCCGAGCCUGGUGCUGGCCUCUUGGGUUACCAUGGUUAUAGCAAGAGCGAGGACCUAUCUGCAAACAAGCAGAUCUUCCAUAGCCACAGCUAUAGUGAUGAGUUUGCCCGGCAGAACAGCGAAUUCAGCCGCCGGCAGCUUUCACUCACUGAUAACCUCCAACACAUGCUGUCGGCAGCUCCACCUAACAUCGGUCCCCAAAGGAGGAUAGACCAGCCACCACCUGCCCCUCCACCUCUUGUCAGAGGGAAAACGCAGCAACUUACUGUUAGUGCAGCCCAGCGACCGCGGCCACCCAGUGCCAACCUGUUGCAAUCACCUGCUGAGCCAACACAUGGUCCCAAGGUGCGGCAGCAGUCAAUUAUGGCCAAAGCAGACACCCCAGCUCCAAAAUCAGGCAUCACCAAACAGGCUUCCCAUUCACCCUCAACUCUUCACCCUGUCACACCUUCAGAGCGUACUGUUGCCUGGGUGACCAACAUGACCCACCUUUCUGCGGACAUCGAAAGCUCGCACCUAGAACGGGAAGAGUACAAAUUACGGGAAUACUCCAAGUCGAUGGAUGAGAGCAGGCUGGACAAGGGGCAACAGACACAAUAUGAGGAGGAGAUUCUUUCCCUAAAGGAACGGCUGCAGAUGUCAAACCGCAAGCUAGAAGAGUAUGAGCGGCGGCUGAUGUCACAGGAGGAGCAGACGGGAAAGAUUCUGCGAGAGUACCAAACACGCCUGGAUGAAAGCGAGAAUCGUUUGCGUCGGCAACAAGAGGAGAAGGACAACCAGAUCAAAGGCAUUAUCAACAGGCUAAUGGUGGUGGAAGACGAGUUGAGGAAAGACCACGCCAACAUGCAGGAGGCCAUUGAUGCCAAGCAGCGGAUAAUCGACGUUCAGGAGAGGCAGCUCUCAACGAUGGGGGCCACCAAUUCCCGACUGAUGAGCACCCUGACUCACAUGAAAGACCGGUGCAGUGAGACCCAGCUGAACGGCGUGACGUCAUCGCACCCUCCCCCCCGCCUGCAGAUCACCGAAAAUGGCGAAUUCCGUAACGCCAGUGGCCACUGAUGCAAGGGGAAAGGAGGCGGUGGGGUGGGUGGGUAGGAAGAAAGCCAGGUCAGAUGCAAAUCAUCUUCCCUGCCCAUCAUCCUUUCACUUCAUCACUCUUUUGCCCCUGUCCCUGCCUUUAACUGUCCCCAAAAAGCACAGGCCUGUGGUGGAAUGGAACUGACAAACAGUGGAGUGAAAACAAAUUGUAACUAUUAACAAUUAUUUUAUAUCCUUUCAUCAUUCACGCACGAACACUCCCAAGUCCCAUGGCUGUGGAUAAUGCCUGGAUCUUGAUGCACUUAAAAGUGGUAUAUUUUUCAUUGCACUUUUCUACUUGUGCCAUGUUUAAAUGGCCUACUGUAUGAGAAAGAAAAGGAAAACAUUUCAGAUAUAAAUAUAUAUAAUAUAUAAAUAAAUAUAACAAUGUACAGUGCACAAAAAUCUCCAUGGUUACCUGGAGAUUAGGUUUGUCUGAAACCUUCAUUGACAGGGCUGUUAAUUUCUGUCCAGGAUUACAUGUACAUUUACUGAAUGUCAGAUAGCAAGAAAUCAUUACAGAUCUUGAUGUGUUGGUCUGGUUUACUGGAAAGGAAGUGUGUGCUGCCAUUUGCCAUGUGCAUUCUUCCAGUUGCACUCUUCUAUUUCUUGCACCCAAGGUGUUUGUAUCAGUUCUUCUCAUGUCUAUCAGGCUUUUGAAGUAAUUUGCCUUGACAAAUUCACAUGUACCUCAAAUUUCUGUCGAAAUGGAACAAAUCGGACCUCACCUGAUGGAUUGAGAUUAUACAGUGGGAUUCAAUUACAUUUGUGCAUAACAAAUUAAUUUGAAAUUCCUUUAUUUUUCUUAAAAGACAUUUAUAUAGUGCCUCUCACAACCACUUGACAUCUCAAAGCACUUUGUCGCUUUUGCAAUGUAAUCCUGUUGUAAUGUAGAAAAUACAGCAGUCAAUUUGUGUACAGCAAGCUCCCAAUGAUAGUCAUGUGAUAAUGACCAGCCAAUUUAUUUUACAUGACACUUGUUUAAUUUUGUCAGCAUGUUCAGAUCUCUACCUUGUUCUGAUAUGACAUUUAUAUGCCCCUGAAAAAGCAAGUAUUACCUUGGUUUAAUGUCAUACUUGAAAGGCAACACUUCUGAUGGAACAAGACUCAGUAUUGCACUGGGAGAGUCAGGUCGGACAAUGCAGUCAAAUCUUUGGAUUGGGACUUGAAUCCUCAACCUUCUAAAUCAGAGGAGUGCUAUUGACUGAGCUAUGGCUGACAUCAGGUUUUAGAUGUUAACAUAUCCAGUAAAACGAUUGUUGGAGGAGCUUUAGCUGACUUUUUUUCUAGUAAAUAUAUGUUUCACACCACUUCAUUGACAUACCAGCACCUGUUUGGUUUGUUAACCAAGUCAUGUUUCCUUCCUGUGAACAGCAGAUUCGCAGAUCUUACAUUUUGAGAUGUUCCUGAAAGUAAAUGCUAACAGUCCAACUCCUCCCAGUCUGAAACUAGAAGCCAAACUCCUGCUGGCAAUAUAGACUAGAAACUAAAUCCUGACUGCUGUCAAAUGAAGGAGUCUAUUCUUAUUCAUCUCAAGUUUGGAAAUCCCAAAUCCAUCUGGAUUGCCAAGCGAGAAGACAAAUGUUUGUUCAUCUUACACUGAGGAGUCCAUUGAUGCUCAUGUCAAGCACGAUAAUCCCAACUUCUGCUAUUAAACUGGAAUUUUCUGCAGCAGAAUCAGAAGUAGGUGGCAAUGUGGAAUUUGAAAUACGAACAAAUCAGCCAUGAUCUUAUUGAAUGCUGGAACAGGUUCAAGGUGCCACAUAGCUAUUUCUGCAUGUUUGUAUGUGGUCCCAAUUUCUGCUGGUAUCAAACAAGGAAACUUGAACUCCAAUGAUUUGUAAGCUACAAGGCCAAUCCUGCUAGGCCCUCACACUAGAGCCAAAUUACUGCCAGCUUCAAACUCAAGAAUCCCGUUUUUAGUUGGUGUCACAAUGGGAUCCCAAUUUCAGUUGGUCUUAGGGAAAUUAAACUGAAGGCCAAAUUGCCACUGGUGUCGGUGUCAAAUUCUAACUCCUAAUAGUACAACUUCUGCUGGCUUCUGCAAAUAAAAGCUCAACUUUUUAAAGCUAGUUUCAGAUUUGAAGCACAAAUCCUCCCUGUCUCAAAAUAGAAGUCUCAACUGAUCAAAGGUCCUCAGACCCAAAACCCUGAUUCCUUUUGGUUUUCAAACCUUAGAAAUAUGACACCUGUUAAUAUCUGGGACCAAAGCCCUGCUUCUAAAGACCCUUACCUCUGCGUCACCAUAACAAUUUGGUCUCUUGGACCGGAAGCCCAGACUACUGAUAGUGCCUUGGUCCCAAAGCACCAACUCUUAUUGGUCUCCUCUACCCAAUGGUCCAAUUUCAUUGCCUUUUGGAUGCAGAGCCCUGAAUCUUCCUGGUUUGCUGGACUUCAAAUAUAAAAGCUGGAAGAUAGAAUUUACUAUCAAGUAAUUACCAGCUACAGAACAACAAAGUAAAGAUCCUGGGUGAGCUUUCAGAGUAUGUAGACUGAUAGUGGACAUUACUAAUCUAGACUUCUUGGGUUUAUGCAAAACAAACCCACAAUUUGUCAUUUUUCUUAGUCUCUCAAAGUUUGUCAAUGGUGUAGAAAAUUUGAAGUUUAGGUGUUGGUGAUGCAAAGAAACAGAUAUGUUUGUGGUCAGGAUCAAGGUUGCAAGCAGUGCAGAUAAUCAAGAGGUUUGAUCAUGCUGAUCAUUAGUUUGUUUCUUGGAGAAAAGAAAGAAUUUAUUUUCAUAUGACAUCUUUCUCUAAUCAAAAUGAUGUUUUAAUAUAAAGUGAAGUUGCUGUUGUUUUAUGGAAAUUGCAGCAAACAAUUUGCAUAUAGCAAGCUCCCACAGAGAUCAGUGUGGGAUACUGCUGGGACAAUUUGUUCGCUAAUGACUUUCAAAUAUAAAUAUUAACCAGGAGACUAGGGUGAACAGCUCUGCUCAUUUUCAGGUAGUGCCAUGGGAUAAUUUGUGAGAAUCUGAAAGGGAUAGGAUGAGAUCUCAGCUUAACUCUUCAUGUGAAGAGCAGGACCUCUGAUAAUGCAGCACCUUCUCAAUCCCUUGUGAAUGUCAAGUUUAUUGUUUUGAAUCAAAUCCCUGCUUCAUUUUAUUCAGCCUUUCUUUCAGUGGGCCAUGUUUUUUUUCUCUCUUUUCGCUCAGGCCCACCCAAGUGCCCAUCCCUCAUAGUCAAGGCUUUGAUGAUCAACUGGCAGCAGACUAAUUAUGCACAGUAGAGUCCCAAUCAGACCCUGCCUACUCACAGUACCUGUAGUUGAGGGGACUGGCCCACUGUUAAAUAUUUGGUCCCCUCUUUAAACCAGAGCAUUGAGCUUAACCUCAGCCGUCUGAUGCCUGCUUGAGCCUGCAGCGCAUUCAAGUUAACCCUAAGGUUUAUACACCAUUUACAAGGCAUGAAUCAGGAUUAUGAUGGAAUUCUUUUCAGUGGAUGUAUUGCAGUUCCAAGUGAUCAAGAAGCUUUAUAUCAUUUAUGAUCAAGCAGCACAGUUGACUGGCACACUCAUCCACCAUGUUAAAGGAGCAUCUCAUGUUCAUGUAGGUAUGUCAAGAAGCAGCAAAAGUUUCAUCCAGUAGAAAACAAAGUCAUAGAGUAGGGCUGGCUCUUUCACAAACGGUGCAGUGACUUGGGCUAACCACAAAACCUCAUUCCCAAUUAUUAACAACUAUCAACCACUGCAGCCUAUAAUUUUGGUUGGAGAUAAUUAUAGAAAUGAGUAAGCCAUUAAGAGCUAGACAAUUCAAACAUCAAUCGAUCAGACCUAAGCUCUAGUUCCAUGCGGGUAGAAAAUUAAACAACUCAGUGGAGGAGGAGGCUUCAUAAAGAUCUCUCCUCAAUGAGGGAGACCCCAACACAUAAUUGCAAAAGAUAAGGCCAAAUUUUGUACAUCUACCUCCAGCCAGAAGCUCUGAGUGGAUGAGCAAUUUGAGCUUUCUGCAGAGAUGCCAGCAUCACAGAAGUCAGUAUUCAACCAAUUUGAUUCAUCAAAUUUGUGACAUCAACAAACAGCUGAAAGCCUGCAAAGGCUAUUAGCUGUGACAGAAACCCAGCUAUAAUACUGAAGAGUCUACUCCAGAAUUUGUUGCACACCUGAAGAACCUAUUCCAGGAUCCACCCAAUGUGAAAAUUUGCCCCAGGAAGGUCCUGCACACUGAUAAACAGGACAAAUCCAACAUGACCAAUUAUCAAUUUACUCUUGAUCAUCAAUAGUGAUGGAAAGGAUCAUCAACAGUGCUAUCAAGCAGCACUUGCUUAAGAAUAAUUUGCUCACAGGUGGUUUGGGUUCCACCAAGUUCACUUAGCUCCUGAUCUCAUUCCAGCCUUAAUUCAAGCAAGGAGAAAAUAGUUGAAUUCUAAAGAUGAGGUGAGAAUGACUGGCCUUGGCAUUAAGACUACAUAUGACCAACUGCAGUAUCAAGAAGCCAAGCAAAGCUGAAGUUGAUGGGAAUUAGGAAAAAUCAUUGGUUGAAGUCACACCUGGCACAAAGAAAUAUGGUGUGGUUGUUGAACAUCAGUCAUUUCAGCUCCAGGAUAUCUCAGCAGGUGUUCUGUAGGUUCUAGUAUUCCAAGCCCAACUAUGUACAGUUACCUCAUCAAUGACCUUUCUGAUCAUAAGGUCAAAAAUGGGCAUUCUCACAGAUGUUUGCACAAUGAUCACUGUUACAUGUAACUUGCCAGUGAGGUGGUAUAUGUCCAAAUACAGCAAGAUUUGAACAACAUCCAGGCUUGGCCUGACAAGUGGCAGGACUACUUUCACCAUGUAAGUGACAGGCAAUGAUUAUCACCAACAAGAGAGAAUCUAACCAUUGUUUCUUGACAGUCGAUAGCAUUACUAGUACAAUUCCCUCACUUACCAACAUGAAAAUGACCACUGACCAGAAGCUGACUGAACUAGUCACAUAGAUGCAUUGACUCUCAUGCAGGUCAGAGGUUAAGAAUCUUGCAAUGAGCAACUCACCUCCAGACUCCCAAUGCCUGUGCACCAUCUAUAAAGCACAAGACAGGACCAUGAUGGAAAUUUCCCUACUUCCUGGAUUACAACAACACUUAAGAAGCUUGAUACCUUGCCGAACAAAGCAGCCCAUUUGAUUGGCAUCCACAAACAUUUACUCCACCACCAAUGACCAGUAGCAGCAGUGUUCAUCCUGGUUGGAAAUGUAUCACUAUUUCUUCCCUGACAUUGUGUAAAAAUGAGAACUCCCUCACUGUCACUCUCACUGGCAGAAAUCUUGGAACUCACUCCCUCAUAGUAUUGUAGAUGUACCACAGCAAAUAGACACCUGCCAUUCAAGAAUGGCAGCUUAUCACAACUUUCUCAAGGGCAGUUAGUGACGGGCAAUAAAUGCUGGCCCAUCGAAUAAUGCUCACAACCCUGACCAGUUAUUUUUAUAAAAUCAACAUGUUGAGCCUUUUCCACCAUUCAGUUCAAUAACAGGUGAUCAAUUUCUUAUUUCAGUUUACUUACAUUAGUUUCAUAAGCCCUUAUUGAUACAAAAAUCUAUCAUGCCCGUUAUGAAAUAUUCAGUUGGCUCUCCAGUAUUUUCGGGAGGAGGGGGUGUGGCUGGCGUGAUAUAAUGAGUUCCAGAUUUCUUUCUGUGAAUAAAUGCUUUGUGACAACACCCCAAAUGGCCUACCUCUAAUUUUAACACUCUGCCCCUUAAUCUGGAAUCUUCCAUUACUUUCUCACUGUCCGCCACAUGCAAGGGAACAUAUGCUAACAGACAAUAGUAUCAAUGGAGGUCUUUCCAAACUUGCAAAACAAUGAAGUCCCAAUGUUGGAUUUCCAAACUAAGUGAAGCUCGUGAACAUUGGUGGCAUGGAGAAGGUUGACAUUUGUUCGAGGAUUAAAGAUGCAUUGUUAAACACAAAGAACUUCUGGAGUUAAUACUAGCCCUAAUAAUUAAAGUAUAACUCUAAAAUGAUUAAAGGAAAGUAAAUAAGGAAAUAGAGGAAAUGUUUCUUCAGUUAACUUUACCACUGGUGUGCAUACUCAAAUAACAUAUACCUUUAUAUUUCAAUGCAUUUUCUUACAAAUCAGACACUAGGUUGACAAAUAAUUACACAACACCUUUCUGA